AUGCCAUCGACGAAGUCUGCCCCCUCCUGACCAAAUAUGGUGACCUUUGAAAACUUUAAGAAGUGAUGGAAGUGGUCGUUGGACAACUUGUCACAAACGACUGUCUCCUCGCGAUGUUCGGCUAGGUGCUGCGUCACUCCCCCGGGAUCAGCGAGGGAGCGGUUUAGUAUGUCUCUCUAGCACCUCUGCUAUUUAUAGUAACCCGGUAAGGAAAGCACACGAGAGAGCGUUUCCAUUGAUAGUUUCGCGUCAGUGUUUGCGGACCUCUGUACCCCUUCGUUAUGGCGUCUGGAGUCGCUGUCGAUGACCAAUGUCUGAAAGUAUUCGAAGAAAUGAAACUGGGACACAAAUGGAGCUAUGUUAUAUUCAAAAUAACUGAGGACAAAAAGCGGAUCGUCGUUGAAACUAAGUCUGAAGAUAGAACUUACGACGAUUUUAAGCAGUUAUUGUUGAAUGCAGCAACUGAUGGACAAUGUCGAUAUGGCGUGUUUGACGUAAAAUUUACCACACGAGGCGACCAACUUAGAGAAAAAUUGGCAUUCUUUCAUUGGAGUCCAGAUUCGUGCAAAAUCAACGAGAAGAUGAUUUACUCGUCCAGUGUUAAGGAAUUGAAGAACAAACUGAAAGGCGUCCACACAGAUAUUCAGGCUAACGACGAGGACGAUCUAGCUCUGUCCAACGUGUUGGAGAGGUGUACGGACAAAUAUACAUAGUCACUAAAUCGACUGAUAAACAUGGUCACAUGACAACGGACAUUACUCGUUAUUGACUCAUUGUGAAUACCAGCUCUCGGAGGACAGACAACAUGCACCAAUAUUCUAGAAAAUAAACGUGUAUAUGACGUUGAUUACUAGAUGGUGCCCGUAUGUGAUAAACACCAUUGUCUGUACGUCCUACUACACUACUCUUGGUCCAUCUGUCCGUAAUUAUAGCUUUGUUUGAAUGGAUGUCGCAAUGAAAUGAAAUUUAUCUUUAUUUUAGCGGAAGGAAAUAGUUGAAAUAUAUUUAAUGAUACUAUAUAUGUUAUAGUGAUGAUAUUGGUCACAUUAUUGGAGAUGUUUCCGACAGCGUUAUAAGUAUACAGAUUUUAUAGGCUAGCGUAGUUUACAUUUGUCAUAGUUGAAAUUAUAUGUAUACAUCUAUAUCCAAAUUGUCAUUCCAGGCUUACGAGUUAAUACCCGAUAUCAUGGUUAUAAUUGAUCACAUUACUGCCGUAAAACCACGUGUGUGUAAUGCACGUGUAUUGAAUUAUAGAAAAUGUAGAGCACGGAUUUUACAUUAAAAAUAAUAAGACGGGAGGCCUUUCCGUGCGGCCCGAGUUUGGGAGAGUGUAUACCAUGUACGCACAGUCAUACGGGAGUCUGCUACCUGCUGCACACGCGCACAGAUCGGCACGUCGGAGGCCAUCAGAGAGGCGCACCGUGUAAAGUAUGGACUUAAUAUUGCCAUGCCUUCAGAUGCGUCACAAUUGGACUUCAACGGCCAGGACAGAAGCGUUGAUUAGAUUAGGGCGCUUUUUACUAUCAUGUUUCUGAAUUUUCGACAAAACGUUUUAACAGUAAGAACGACAUCGUGUGUGUGAGCUACGAGAGAAGGACGGUCAUAUAUACUAGUACAUUCUCUCAUCAUCCAGCGAAUCUCAUAUUAAAAUAUUCAUGACCACGA